GUGCGGGCAGCGGCGCUCCUGAUGGGGCCGCCCCGGGCGGGACGGACCGGGCAGCCCAGCGUGGCCCCUCGGCCGUGCCCCGCCGCCUCACGGCAGGCCCCGCGGCGGUGAGGAGAGCGGAGCUGCUUCCUGAGAGGCCGGAGCGGCGCCGCCAAGGCCGGGCGGCGGGGCCUCCUGUCAGCUCUGUGAAUAGGUGAGUGAAUCACAGGUGGUAGAACAUGGCUGGCCAAAUAUCGGAAUCUGAUCAGAUCAAGCAGUUCAAGGAGUUUCUUGGAACAUACAAUAAACUUACAGAAAACUGCUUCCUGGACUGCAUAAAGGAUUUCACUAGCAGAGAGGUUAAACCAGAAGAGAUGACUUGCUCAGACCACUGCCUACAGAAGUACUUAAAAAUGACACAGAGGAUCUCCAUGAGAUUUCAGGAGUACCAUAUUCAGCAGAACGAAGCUCUGGCAGCUAAAGCAGGACUGCUUGGCCAACCUCGUUAGACUCGAGCACUCUGUUCAGACUUUACAAGCAGUGUCAGUGUUCACUAGGCAAGAACACAGUUUGGAUUUCCUACUGUCAGGAUGUAUGUCCAGCAACUCAGAAGAGAGUUCUAGAUGCUGUUCAGACAGUGGAAAACAUGAAGGGUUAAACAAGAAGUUAGUCACAGCGGACUGGCAAUGGAGUCUGUUUCUGAGCUCUUUUUCACUCUACAAUGGAGUAAUAUUGACACAAACUUUUCCAGGGCCCACAGACUGGUAUCUUUAAAUGUCAAGGGUGGUGGGGGUUAUACUGCCUUUCUGCUAGGACUGGUUCAGAUGAAAAAAGUGUAAUGUGGGAAGUACACUUUUUUACUUAAGUAAAAUAAAUUGGAACUGUA